CUUCAGGUCAUGACACAUCGACUGUCCUAGUCGUCUGCUAAGCCAACUUAUUUGAGGGAAUAUUUAAAGUAAACAAUACAUAUUUAUCAAUAAGAAUUGUUAGCUAAUGUUUUCUUUCAAACAUGUUACAGCAUGUUAUCGACGUUACACCAUUCAGAAGUGUGUACUCGACACUUACAACUUUCAGAACAGGAAGUUCGUGGGGUAUACGUUCAUUUUUUUAUACACAUUUUCUUAUCAGAGGCCGGAAGAUUUAUCAAACCGAAAGUUGGGGAAUGAUUACUAUGUGUAAUCGGCAACUGUGGUAGGCAAUGUGUUCGAUAUCGAUAUAGGACUCUAAAAUUGAGUAGUGUAUCUUAGUAGACGCCCAAGCCAUAGGUUCUACUGGUGGACCUAGCACAGUAUUUUGAAAUCUGUUAAGUUUACAGCGACCUUGUACCCAAGGAUGGACAAAAAUACACUUCUAAAAUAGUUACAACAGGGCGCCUUAUGGUUAGUUCUUCUAGUAUAGAGCUAGUGUAUAUAGUCGCUACACAGUUUUCUGAACAGGAAGUUCCUGAGGGAUUUAAAGGGGUAUAUGUGUAUAGUGUGUAAACAGAGGGUAAGUGUUCCUUAAUACACACGUAGAGUCAAUACAUAUGUGUUUUUCUUCUCAGAGGCCGGAAGAUUUAACAAACCGAAAGUUGGAAGUACGUACGGGUAGCGUUUGGAAGGUAAUGUAGACAGUUUCAGAAGCGGUGCUUACAUUUGGAUUACCAUGUUAUCGGCAAUGGACUGGUUUGUGGUAAAUAGUAAAUGUCCUAUAUCGAAAUAGAUCUACGUCGCUUAAAUUGAAUGGGAUAUAUUGAGUUGACGCCCUAGCCACAGGUACUACGGUAGACUUGACUCAGUAUUUUGAAACAGGAUAUGUUGACCGGAUACCCAAGGUAGACGCAUUAAACUUUUAAAAUAGUAACAUCAGGACGCCUGAUAAUCCAUAUCUAAAGUUUGGUAGAAAAACAAAAAUCACAAUGGCGGAAACGGAAGAGAUAAAAACAUUGAUUGAAACAAUGAAAGAUGUCCACAUAAAUUCGUUAAACAAUGGAUGUAGAAGGAAAAUUGGUAUGUUCAUGGACACGGAAGGAAGUUUGAUACCAGACUCGGACAUGUUCAACGACUGGUGUGGUUUAGCUGAACUUUUGAACUUUACGCAACCGGAAAUAGAAGACAUGAAACGACAAAAGAGUCCAACACAGGAAAUGCUCCACUUGUGGAGCAUACGGAACGAUCCGGAACCGAAAGUUGGAAACUUCAUCAGUUUCCUUUUUCAGCUGGAGAGGUUUGACGUUAUUCACGAAUGUCGCAAAAUGAUAGAGAGAGAUGUUGAGAAAUGGCGAAAAAACGAAAGCAGUCUGCGGAGUAUUUACGACGAUCCAACUUUCCGAGAUCCCAAAGCCAGUGCCAGACCUCCAAGAAUAGAAGAUACGGAGACUGUAAAGGAUGUGGGUAGUGACCACGAGUUCUACUAUGAUUGUUUCGUAAUCUACAACCCUGAGGCCAAAGAUCAGCUGGAGUUUGUUAAGGAGAUGUCCCGCAUCCUAGAAGGCCCGGAAUACAACUUUCGCCUGUUCGUUCCCUGGAGAGACGAUUUAGUAGGAACGGCGAUGUAUUCGGUAUCGGCAGCCAUCAUAGAGAAAAAAUGUCGACGAUGUGCUGUUGUUUUAUCGAAUUCAUUCUACAAUAGCCCGUCUGCUGACUUCCAGCUCAAGUUUGCGCAUGCCCUGUCUCCAGGAGCACGUCAAAAAAGAGUGAUACCAAUAGUGAUCGAGAAAAUGGAGGUCCCUAGUAUACUGAACUUUGUAGCUCCAGCGCCAUUUUACAAUGCUGGAAUUAGGCAUUGGCAAUGGCCGCGUGUUGCUGCUACCAUUCAAAGUGAACUCAUGCCGGACAGGGAAACUUGGCUCCCGGAAGUCGACGCAUGGAAUAUUGCAUUGGAUACAUCUGACGUCACGAAACGCGAACUUUGGGGGGUUACUCUUGCAGUCCAGGUUUAUCCUGAAGUAGAGGAAAAAGGAACUCCAGAUGUCGUUGAUCAAAGGAAGAAACAUAAAGAUAAAAAGAGCAGAAGAUAGAUUUAUAGCAAGUUAUCAAGAUUUUUUACCUGCUGAUUUAAGGUGAUAGAAUUGAUAGAAAAUGUAUUUCUAUUGGUUAAUGUGUUGACAUUUGUUAAUGAAUUAACAUUCGUUUUAAUGAAUUACUGUUUGUUUAAGAAUUGCCAUAUACAGGAAAUGUUUCGUUGUGAAAUCCUAGAAGUGAAUGUAAAUAUUCAUAGAAAUAAUCCCGUGCCAAUAUGUUUUUAAAUUUUUAAUGUAGUUAUUUAAAUGUAUAUAUAUCAUUGAAACUUUCACCUCGUUAAUCCAAUACAUUGAAUAUGAGGGAAUAUAUAAAUAUAAAUUGUUAUAUUUGUUAUCUAAUUACACUUUCAGGAUGAAAUAUUUAUGAAAGUCAUCAUUCUAAUGAAAAAGGUCAAUAUGUGAACACUUUAAACAUGAGAGUAUGUAACGGAGGCUGAAGUGUUCAACCAGAUUAGAAGAAGAUCUGUGAUAAGCACUUCUUUAUGUCAAGCUAUUUGUCUAGUACACUUACAUUGUCUAAGAAAAUCUACCCGUCAACAGAUUAAUAUAUAGAGGAUAUCUAACAGUGUCCUUAGUAGUACCAAACAUAUUUCAUGCGUUGGGCUAAUAUUUUGUUAUUUUUCAUGUGCACGAGUGCUAAACGAAUGAAACAUAUUUGGUAUUACUGAAGAUACUGUUAGAUAUUCUGUUUAUUAAUCUUUUAUAACAAAAUAUACCGGAUAUGCCUUUAAUUUCACCCAUUGUUGUUUAUAAGCAGUGUUUUGAUUGGUCAUAUCAAAGAAAGGUAUCAGAAAAAGUGAAAAAUAUCAGUUUUAUACAAUUGAUAUUUUUCGACAUUUCACUGGAGAAAAUGUAUAAAGCAUGAUUUUAUUAUCAGGGUGGUUACUGUAACGUCCUGCAGUUCUCUCGUUUUUUGAGGAGUCUUCAGUGAUGUUAGGAACAUCCUACAGUUCCCCCGUUUUUUGAGGGGUCCCAAUUGAUGUUAGGGACAUCCUACAACUGUUCCAUUCUUCGUGGAGUUGCCAGUGAUGCUUUGGGCCAAAAAGCUUGAAAGGAAAUAAAAGCCAUAAUGGUCUUUACAAAAAAUCAACAACACAAAGGAAGUAAAAAAAAAAAGAAGAAAAAAAACAUUUAGAUAUCACCUCCAACUAUAUGUUUGGUGAUGAAGUAUAUACUGAAUUAUCAGUGAAAUAGUAUCAUCAAGCUAGUCGCCCUUAAGCUUGGAGGGGGGGGGGGGGGGGGCAUUGACAAUUGAAUAAGGUUGGGUUUUUUUAAAUGUAAGGAGGUGUGCUCAUUUCAUAUUUUAGCAAAAUACAUUUAUUUGUAAUACUUUAUUGUUAAAUCUGUUUGAAAUCCUUACAAACAUAUAACUUAUGUGUUUGUGUUUGUGCAAACAUAACCAUUUUUGUAUCAUGUAGGGAGUGUUUGCUGCCAGAUAAGUGAAAAGUUUUAAAAUCCAAAUGUAACGAAUCAAUAAAAAUAUAAUUUGAUAUAUGUGAUUCCAAAGUUGUAAUAGUGAUGUUUCUACUGUCUCCUUUUGAUACUAUUCAUAUUAUUUUAAUAAAAUAAGUCAAAAUGUGA